ACCAACAGCCGAGUCUAGCCCCAAGCCCUCAUACAAUACAGUAACAUAGAGAAAACCUUUCAAACCAGAAAAACAUGCAGGAAGCGAAAGAAGAAGAAGAGAUUGUCUGUCUGGAUGAGUCUUUUUUCAUCAAUUGCGAUUAUCAGCUCACCUCUUUCACAUUUGGGUCCCAUGUUCUUCAGCUCUUUUGCCUUCAAUCUUCUUCUAACUCCGCGUUGGGUGAUUGGGUCAUCCAUGUGUGGGGCCCCUGCAUGGUUGGAUGAUCCGACUGACCGUCUGGUGGGUCAUGCUGUGGAUGCAGAUAUCCAGACCAUCAGAAACACUGACUAUGAUCUCACAGGGCAGUUGGUAUGGCCAGGUGCUUUGCUGCUGAACAAUUACCUCUCCAAGAAUGUCGACAUACUUAAAGGAUGUUCAGUUGUCGAAUUAGGCUCAGGUGUCGGCAUUACAGGUAUACUGUGUAGCAGAUUUUGUCGUGAGGUGGUCUUGACUGAUCAUAAUGAAGAAGUUCUCAAGAUCUUGAACAAAAAUAUUGAGCUACACCAGCCAUCUGAAACUCCGGAUUGUGUUGGAUUAGUAGCUGAGAAGCUGGAGUGGGGAAAUGCUGAUGACAUUAGCCGAAUCUUACAAAAAUAUUCUGGCGGAUUUGAUCUAGUUCUUGGAGCUGACAUCUGCUUUCAACAGUCUAGCAUUCCUCCACUUUUUGAUACUGUAGAGCAGCUUCUCCGUUUCAGAAAGGGUAGCUGCAAAUUCAUACUGGGAUAUGUAUCUCGAGCAAAGAUUAUGGACACAAUGGUUGUUGAUGAAGCUACACGGCACGGAAUGCAGAUCAGUGAAGUACAUGGGACCAGAUCAGUGGUCGGAAACCUUGAAGGAGUCAUUUUCGAGGUCUCCCUUCAUUAAAGCAUGAAAUAUACUGCAAAGGGGGUCUUUGUUUCUAUUCAGGACACAAAUUUGGGACCUUCCAAUCGUGUGGCUCAAGCCCAAGCGCUGGAAGCACAGCCUUAUUACCAUGUAAGUUUGAGAAAUUAUAAGAUCCUUUUACCAGAGGAUAACAGUUUUGUCUGAGGGAGCCUCAUCAGUCUAGACCAUAGAUCUGUUGGGACCUCCUUGGCUAAAAUCAUGCCUUUAAAAUCUCUUUGAUAGGACAAUCUUAACCUUUCAAUUCAUGGCCUGAAAAUGGCUGGCAAAGAAGUCCACUUUCAACUGGAAAGGGACCAAAGAAAUGGUAGUUGGGUCUUCAAAUAGGAAGAUUUCUGGGGCAGUAGCAUCAAACCAAUUAUCUGGAUUGAUGAACCUUGGACCCCAGUUUUCCAAACUGUAAAACAAUCACAAAGAGCACAUCUGUGGGCCUAUGAUCUUAUAAUUCCUCUUGAGUUUCGAUUUUGUUGUUUUGCUUACAUGGACAGGCAUGAAGCUUAAGUCCACUGUUGAUGGCUGUGCGGAGAGAGCAAAUCUCGAAUUUUUCUUUCUUUUUCUUUUUCUUUUUCUUUUAAAUUAUUAUAUUUUAAUGUGAUAAUCUGUUAUCUCUAUCCAGAAAUGUAUUAUAUGGAGUUAUUAAACCAUUUCAAAGUCAA